AUGAACAAGCUGCAAGGCCAGCCCGACAGCUACGACAAGAAAUCCAGGUACCGCUUCGGAAAGACGCUGGGAGCCGGCACAUAUGGUAUCGUCCGCGAGGCCGAGGUCGGCGGAGAAAAGGUCGCAGUCAAAAUCAUCCUCAAGAAGAGCGUCAAGGGGAACGAGCAGAUGGUGUACGAUGAACUCCAGAUGCUGCAGACCUUGAAGCAUCCGCACAUCGUCCAGUUCGUCGACUGGUUUGAGUCAAGAGACAAAUUCUACAUUGUGACCCAACUGGCGACGGGUGGGGAGCUGUUCGAUCGCAUUUGUGACAAGGGCAAAUUCACAGAAAGAGACGCCUCACAGACGAUUAAGCAGGUCCUGGAGGCUGUCGACUAUCUACACGAACGGAACAUCGUUCACCGAGAUCUCAAACCAGAAAACCUGCUCUACCUCACGAGGGAGCCCGACUCCGAACUUGUCCUUGCAGACUUCGGUAUCGCCAAGACUCUGGAGAGUCCUGGUGCUGUCCUGACCUCAAUGGCCGGCUCCUUUGGUUAUGCUGCUCCUGAAGUCAUGCUCAAGCAGGGUCACGGCAAGGCGGUCGACAUGUGGUCAUUGGGCGUCAUCACAUACACCCUCCUCUGCGGCUACUCUCCUUUCAGAUCCGAGAACCUGGCAGAUCUCGUCGACGAAUGUAGGAGCGGCCGAAUCAUCUUCCACGAGCGAUACUGGAAAGACGUCAGCAAAGAUGCCAAGGAGUUCAUCUUGACUCUGCUUCAACCAGAACCGAAACGCCGCGCCACUAGCAAGGAGGCACUCAAGCAUAUCUGGCUCACGGGUGAAACUGCUUCGGACCACGAUCUCCUGCCAGAGAUCAGAGCCUACCUCGCAAAGAUGAAGCUGAAGCGGGGUAUCGAGCUGGUCAAGCUGGGCAACCGGAUCGAUGCUUUAAAGAUGCAAGACCAGGAAGACCCAAGCUCCCCCGACGCAAACGACAUCCCUGCCAACGCCCAGAAUGCUGCCGGGCUAGCCGUCCGAAAUCAUAUCAGAGGUGUGUCACCCGGCCGAGGCCUUGCGACCAGUGAAGCAAAUGAAAAGCGAUCAUUGAGCAAUGCUGCCAAAAGUGCUAUUUUCCGCGAAGUCGUGCUUGCCAAAGUACGGGAGAUGAAGGACAAGGAAAAGACCGACAAGCUUGUUGCCGACGUCACGAAGGAGCAUGAACGUAGGAAGAGUUUCUCCGGUCAGAAGUCGUGA